CACACCCCUUUCCAGUGUGACUGUCCCAAGAGUUCAAUAUCAUUCCAGUCGAAGCAAACUGCUGACAGACCUUUUUCAGCAUUACUUGAACAGAUUUGUUCCAGAAUGGUUUACUCGCUUGAGAACAGCUCUAAGUGGCCAUGCGUAGUAGUCACAUUAUUGCUCUUUGUAAGUAUCGGUGUGGCUAUUUUCACAUUGGUGACGACUUCGGAUUCAAUGCAAGAGGCGAAGAAAUGUCAGAGCGAUCUUAAGCUUCAAAACUACUACCAUUCACAGAGUGUUCUGAAGUGGGAGAAGGAACGGGAGAACUUGCUGGCUCAACUGGAAACAAGUAGAACGGAUCAAGCAAGACUACAGGCAAUAGUGGCCCAGGGAGAGGAAAACCUGAAGACUGUUAAUUCAGCCCUUAUCUUGUGCCAGGAACAAACGGAUAUUUUAUAUACAAAUCUCACAUUGGUGGAAAAUCAGGUUUUGAUGCUGAAAAGUGAACACGCCAAUGUGACAGCGGAAAUGCAAGGUGAAAUCGAUUCACUUCGAAAGAACUUGACACGCAUAUCGCAGGAGCUGCAGAGUACCAACCAGCAGUAUACUCAGGCCAUGGAGAGCAAGCAAGCAGCCGACUCUCUGAAUCGGGAGCAGCUCUCUAAGAUCAAGACCUUGAAGGAGGAGGUGUCGGCACUCAGCGGAGUGAACAAACCUGUGCUCGUUCACAGCACCACUGCUCUUUGCAUAAUGGCACUGCUAAUGGCUCUGUGAAUGUGUAAUGGAAAGGAGUGUUGGAUCAGGAUUGUGAGGGUGGCGAGCCACCAGGAGAGUGAGUGGAAGUCUCUGAAUCUACCAGAAACAACAGUGAAUGUGAAGAUCCAAAGCUAUGCUGAAUCAAUACAAAUCAAUGCAUGUUGACUCACACUGACUCAUUGUGUGACCCUGAGCAAGUCACUUAACCUCCUUGUGCUCCGUCUUUCGGGUGAGACGUAAUUGUAAGUGACUCUGCAGCUGAUGCAUAGUUCACACACCCUAGUCUCUGUAAGUCGCCUUGGAUAAAGGCGUCUGCUAAAUAAACAAAUAAUAAUGCCCUUUCAUCAAAA